AAUAAUUUUAGAUUCGCUCAGAGAAGAAUGUUCUUAAUAGGUCAAAGUUGACAUAUCACCACAAAGCUGGGUCAAAAUCAUUUAUGUCACACCAAGAGCAAAUUGCAGCACAGACUAAAGAGAUGCAAUGUGCAAUUGAUCGUUUUGAAACAGAGUAUAGAAGCACAAAAAAAGGAUGGGACUUGGGAGCAAAGGAAAAUUGGGAUCAAAUGAUAAAGAUGCGAGCAGAUACCACUCAACCUGAUGGAGCUCGAACAAUGACAGAUGAGGAAAUUUGUGCAAAAGUUCUCAAAGUCAAAUCAGGCUACAUUAAGGGCUGUGGUUUUGGCCCUAGACCACCACCAUUAAGGUUCUCUCGUUCUUCAAUGAGUGAAAUGUCUGAAAAGAAUAAAGAGUUGCAAGAACAGUUUUACGAGACCCAACAACUUGUAGGAACUCAACAACAGAAGAUCGAUGCUCAAAAUGAGGUAAUCGAAAGAUUUGAGGAGCAAGCCAAAAAGUUUGAGGAGUUUAUGGCUAAUUUUUCCAGGCAACAUCCAUCAGCUUAGUAU